CAUCUGCUCUCUUCCCCCUCCUUCCCAAACUGCCGUUGCCUCCCUCCAGGCUCCAGCUUCCUCCGCGCAUGGCCUCCAUGGCGUUCGCUCUGGCGGGGGCCUUCAAGGGCCUCUCCCUGGCGCCCACCACCACCUCCUUCCUGCGCGGCGACCGCGUCUCGCUCUCCGUCGGCGGCGGCAGCGGCGCCGUGGGCGUGUCGGUGCCGGCGCGGCGGCUCACCAUCCAGAUGGCGCACAAGAAGGGGGCCGGGAGCACCAAGAACGGACGAGACUCCAAGGGACAGCGCCUCGGGGUCAAGAUAUACGGCGACCAGGUCGCCAAGCCCGGGGCCAUCAUCAUCCGGCAGCGCGGCACCAGGGUCUAUCCUGGAAAUAACGUUGGAAUGGGCAAGGAUCAUACACUCUUUUCUUUGAUUGAUGGACUAGUCAAGUUUGAGAAGUAUGGUCCAGACAAGAAAAAGGUAAGUGUUUACCCAUAUGAGAAAGAGCCUGAAAACCCAAACAGUUACAGAGCAAGGAAGAGAGAGUACUUCCGCAUGCGGCGUGAACGGAAGAAGGCAAGAGCGGAGGGAGCUACUGAGCCUCAAUUGGUACUAGCUGCUGUUGACAAAAACUCUGAGGCCAGCGCCGACUGCUGAUAAGUUUCCUGUGUAGUAUUUCUCUUUUUCACAGCCCUUGUUACAUAUUUUUUCCCUGAAUUGUAAGACACAUGAUCUAUAUAAGGUUAUAUUUACAUGUUGUUUAGAUAUGUUCUA